CGCGCGGGACGUAGCCACACGUUCCUCUGACGCCCGCGAACCGCGCCAAAAGUGACCCGUGAACCGAGAGCGGUGUUCGAAAAUCGAAAGUUGUUUGGAUUUUCUUUGUUUUAUCUGUGCUCCUAUUCGUCUUCCUUACGAUAACUAACUGAUGCUGUGGACAAGCCGGGUAUCCGUCUCCAACCUCUUUUCUGUGCAACCUCUAAGCUCUUCAAACGUUACGUAACGUCAUCUGUCAGUUAGGCCAAAACUCCGAACUAACCUCGCGAAUUUUUAAAGCUUUUUGUGAAGUAACAAAGAAAAAUUGUGUAAACAAAUUAUGAGGAUAAGAUCUUCGAAGAGAUAGUGUUGGUUUUCAGUUUAAAUCCUUUUGAAUUGUGAUGGCGUCUUGGGGUUCGUGUGGCGUUUGGACUGUGUGUGUGGUGCUGUGCUUGCUGGGCCAGAUAUCGGGCUUGGACAAUGGACUGGCUCUUACCCCACCGAUGGGGUGGCUCGCGUGGGAAAGGUUUAGGUGUAACACGGACUGUAAGAACGACCCGGAGAAUUGUAUAAGCGACCGCCUGUUCAGGACGAUGACGGACAUCCUGGUGUCGGAGGGGUACGCGGCCGCCGGCUACGAGUACGUGAACGUGGACGACUGCUGGCCGGAGCGCGAGCGGGACUCGCGCGGCCGACUCGUUCCCGACCGCGAGCGGUUUCCGUACGGCAUGAAGAGCUUGGCUGAUUACGUCCACAGUAAAGGACUGAAGUUCGGCAUCUACGAGGAUUACGGCAACUUCACCUGCGCCGGAUAUCCGGGCGUGGUUGGCCAUCUUGCUGGCGAUGCGAACACAUUUGCGUCGUGGGGCGUGGACUACGUAAAGUUGGACGGGUGCUAUGCGCUCCCCGCGGACAUGGAUCACGGCUAUCCAGAAUUCGGGGUGCAGCUCAACCGCACCGGCCGACAAAUGGUCUACUCCUGCAGCUGGCCCGUCUACCAGAUUUACGCUGGUAUACAGCCUAACUUCAGCUCGAUCAUCGAGCACUGCAACCUGUGGCGCAACUUCGACGACAUCCAAGACUCGUGGGCCUCCGUCGAGUCUAUCAUAGACUACUACGGAAACCACCAGGACAUGAUCGUCCCCAACGCAGGCCCAGGGCACUGGAAUGAUCCCGACAUGUUGAUCAUCGGCAACUUCGGUUUGUCGUACGAGCAGAGUAAGACCCAGUUCGCGAUCUGGGCGAUCCUCGCGGCGCCCUUACUCAUGAGCGUGGACCUGCGCACCAUCCGGCCCGAGUACAAGGCCAUCCUGCAGAACAGGAAGAUCAUCGACGUGGACCAGGACCCGCUGGGCAUACAGGGCAGGAGGAUAUAUAAGCACCGCGGUAUCGAGAUUUGGUCGCGUCCCAUUCUCCCUAUCCAGGGGCAGCACUACUCGUAUGCGGUCGCCUUCGUAAACCGGCGCACGGACGGCACGCCCUCCGACGUGGCUGUUACGUUGCGAGAACUCGGACUAUCUAACCCCGCCGGGUAUAGAGUCGAGGAUUUAUACGAAGAUGUGGACUACGGUGUGCUCUCCCCGCAAACCAAGAUCAAAGUCAAAGUGAAUCCCUCAGGCGUAGUAAUACUACGUGCAGACGCGCAGCCAGCGUAUGCGUACAACGCGAUACCAACGCGGACACCGUACACGCCAUUGAACGACGUCUUCAGACAUACGAAGAAGUAACAUCAACGCCAUCUGUGUUUUAUACCCCCGCAACUUUUCAAAUAAAAACCACCCAACCUUUUUUUUCUUGAAAUUGAAUCCCGCUGCACGUUUUCCCAGUCAAUCCUUUUAGGAUCUAACAAGUGCAAUUAUUGUUGAUUUUAAAUAUUACUUACGUAAAUGAUCUUUUACUCUUUAACUCACAAUGAAAUUGGUGUGAUUUAUAGUUACCAAGGUUUACCAAUUGACGCGUUUCAUGCCUUGCCGUUAGUUUAAUUUUUAUUAUUUAUGAUUUGUGUACCUAUCUAGUGUGGUCAGGAGUACCAUCCCGGUAAAAGGCAAAGAAAUUCUUGAUGGUGUAACUGUGAUAAUGAAAAACAGAUAAAUAUUAUUAUAACGAUGCUGUACAUAAAGAUCAUAAAAACCAUGAGUUUGUAUAUUGUUUUAAACUUUUAUGGUCACUAGCAUUAAGUUAUUUACGGGAUUGUUACCAUGUACCUUGUUUUUAGCGAGUUUCCGAUAUUUCGGCACUGUUGCAAGCGUCAUGAUCAUAGAGUAACUGGAAACUCUCUAAAAACAAGGUACAUGGUAACAAUUCCGUAAAUAACUUAUAUUACUAUAACAGAGUUUGUAGUUUGAAAGAAAAUAUGGAAUUAAUAAGUUUAUCUGAUGGACUAAAAUAUUACACAGACCAAUCUGUGACAUAACUACGUGUGGGUUCGUACUACAAAUGAUAUGAAUUCAUAGUUUUAAACUUUCAUGGUCACUAACAUUAUAGAUAUUAAUGGGAUUGUUACCAUGUACCUUGUUUUUUUGUGCCGGGAACAAAUGCGAGUGAAUUGUGAGAAUGUGACCAGUGGUAGGGGUAUCGAAUGCAGUAAAAGACGACGUCAGAGGGUAGACCGAUAUGUCUGCCAAUAACAUCUACCCGCAAUUACUUCAGUUACUCCGUGAUCAUGGCGCUUGCAACAGUGCCGAAAUAUCGGAGACUCAUAAAAAACAAGGUACAUGGUAACAAUCCCGUUAAUAUUUAACAUGCAUUCAUAGUAAUUUGGGCACAGAGCAAUGUAGUCAUGAGAUUUGCGGACCCAUGAAGCAUUAUCGUUUUUAUUUUAUUAAAUAGUUAACAUUGGGUAACAAAGCUUUCAAUUAGUAGGUACAAGAAGACAUUACCGGGGUUGUACUCCUGAUGUUUUAAAUGUUACAAAAAUGUGGAGAAUCGAUUUUGCCAUUGCGUUGUACCUAGGAUAAGUGUGUACAUUUUAGGUGCCUGUUAAUGUAAGUUUUUUUUGUAGAAUACCUAAUUAAUUGAUUAAUUAAAUGUGUAUAUUAAUUCUGUUUUCGAUUUUUUAUUUGCUCUUUUUAUUAAUAACAAGCG